AUGCAGGCCUCCUCGGGAAUGCUCACCAAGUUCGAGUCCAAAUCGUCGCGCGCAAAGGGCAUUGCGUUCCACCCUAAACGACCAUGGAUUCUCGUUUCCCUACACUCCUCCACCAUCCAGCUAUGGGAUUAUCGCAUGGGCACCCUGAUUGAUCGGUUCGAGGAGCACGAUGGCCCUGUUCGCGGUGUCGACUUCCACAAGACACAGCCACUCUUCGUCUCGGGAGGCGACGACUACAAGAUUAAAGUCUGGUCGUAUCAGACCCGCAGGUGCCUCUUUACCUUGAAUGGGCAUCUGGACUACAUCCGGACCGUUUUCUUCCACCAUGAGCUACCCUGGAUUGUCAGCGCAAGCGACGACCAAACGAUUCGGAUAUGGAACUGGCAGAACCGAUCGCUACUCUGUACUAUGACAGGCCACAACCACUAUGCGAUGUGCGCGCAGUUCCACCCCAAAGAAGAUCUCGUUGUUUCGGCCUCUCUCGAUCAGUCGGUUCGCGUCUGGGAUAUUUCGGGCUUGCGCAAAAAGCAUUCCGCUCCGACCUCCAUGUCCUUCGAAGAUCAGGUUUCUCGGGCCAAUGCCAACCAGACCGACAUGUUUGGCAACACCGACGCUGUGGUCAAAUUUGUUCUCGAGGGUCACGAUCGGGGCGUGAACUGGGUGGCGUUCCAUCCUACGAUGCCCUUGAUUGUGUCCGCAGGCGAUGAUCGCCUCAUUAAGCUGUGGCGCAUGAGCGAAACGAAGGCUUGGGAGGUUGAUACAUGCCGUGGCCAUUUCCAGAACGCCAACGGAGCUCUGUUUCACCCGCACCAAGACUUGAUCCUUUCGGCAGGCGAGGACAAGACGAUUCGUGUAUGGGACCUGAACAAGCGGACCGCGGUUAAUAGUUUCAAGCGAGAGAACGACAGGUUUUGGGUCAUCGCCGCUCACCCCGAGAUCAACUUGUUCGCUGCUGGGCAUGACAAUGGCGUCAUGGUCUUUAAGCUUGAGCGCGAAAGACCUGCUUCAACAGUGUUCCAGAACACACUCUUUUACAUUACUAAGGAGAAGCAUGUUCGGUCUUACGAUUUCCAGAAGAACGUGGAGUCGCCGACAUUAUUGUCUCUCAAAAAGCUCGGCAGCUCUUGGGUGCCCCCGCGGACCCUGUCUUAUAAUCCUGCCGAACGCUCCAUUCUGGUCACAACUACUGCGGAUGGUGGUUCUUAUGAACUGAUAAACCUUCCUCGCGACGGCUCUGGAGCCAUUGAGCCCACAGAAUCCAAGCGAGGCCAGGGCAACUCGGCUAUUUUUGUUGCUCGUAACCGCUUUGCUGUUCUCAACACUACAUCGCAGACCGUUGACAUCAAGGACCUGACAAAUAACACCACACGGUCAUUCAAGCCUCCUAUUGGAACGAGCGAUAUCUACUUUGGCGGAACUGGAAACUUGCUCAUCAUCGCCCCGACAGCCGUACAUUUGUACGACAUCCAGCAGAAGAAGACUACUGCCGAGCUCUCGGUGAAUGGUGUCAAGUAUGUCGUGUGGUCUAAUGACGGCCUCUAUGCGGCCCUCUUGAGCAAGCACAACGUGACGAUCGUGACAAAAGCUCUGGAGCAAGUCAGUACGCUGCAUGAGACGAUCAGAAUCAAGAGCGCUACGUGGGAUGAUGCUGGCGUCCUCCUUUAUUCGACUCUCAACCACGUGAAGUACACGCUGCUCAACGGUGACAACGGCAUUGUUCGGACACUUGACCAAACCGUCUAUCUCGUCCGUGUCAAGGGCCGAAGUGUCUAUUGCCUCGAUCGUGCGUCAAAACCCAAGAUCUUGCAAGUCGAUCCUACCGAAUACCGCUUCAAACUUGCCCUCGUUAAGCGCAAUUACGAAGAGAUGCUUCACAUAAUCCAGAAUUCGAGCUUGGUCGGGCAAUCUAUCAUCUCGUAUCUCCAAAAGAAGGGCUAUCCCGAGAUUGCACUCCAGUUCGUGCAAGAUCCUACCACACGAUUUGAGCUUGCCAUAGAAUGCGGAAACCUCGAGGUUGCCGUCGAGAUGGCCAAGCAGCUUGACCGACCAAAGCUCUGGUCAAGGUUAAGCACCGAGGCCCUUUCUCAUGGAAACCAUUCCAUUGUGGAGAUGUGCUACCAGAAACAGAAGCAGUUUGACAAGCUCUCGUUUCUGUAUCUCACAACAGGCGACGAGUCUAAGCUUUCUAGAAUGGCAAAGAUUGCUGAGCACCGAGGAGAUUUCACAUCGAGGUUUCAGAACGCCCUCUAUCUUGGAGAGGUUGAAGACAGGAUCCAGAUGUUCAAGGAGAUAGACCUAUACCCUCUUGCCUAUAUGACGGCUAAGUUUAACGGCUUAGAAGACGAGUGCCAAUCGAUUCUUGAAGCUACUGGCCUCACCGAAGAUCAACUCUCAUUGCCCAAACUUGGUGCACCCCUGACCCCGCCGAAGCUGGUGGUACCGACAUAUAAAGCAAACUGGCCUACAAAAGCGACAUCACAAUCGUUCUUCGAGAAGGCACUCCUCGGACAAGUUGAAGGUCUAUCACUAGACGACGAACCCAACGCAGCGACUAGUGGCCUCGGCCUCGAUGAUGUUGCCGAAGAUGAUGCCGCUGGGAAGCGUAAUGGUGCCCUUGCGGAGCCUGAAGAAGACGAAGAUGCCGCCGGAUGGGAUCUCGGUGACGAUGUUGUGCCCGAGGUCGAGGAAGGGUUCGUCAAUGUCGAGAGCGCUGACGCUGGUGGUGCGGGUAGUAGCGAAGCAGACCUAUGGGCCCGCAACUCACCACUAGCCGUCGAUCACGUCGCUGGCGGGUCGUUCGAAACAGCAAUGCAGCUUCUCAACCGACAAGUUGGCGCUGUCAACUUUACUCCCUUGAAAGCCCGGUUCCUGGAGGUUUACCAGGCAUCCAAGACCUACCUCCCUGCCUCAGCCGGCUUACUAGCUCUUGUCAACUAUGUCCGACGGACGGUAGAAGAGUCAGAUCCGAGGAAGGUUCUUCCCAUUAUUCCUAGAGAUCUGGAGUAUCUUGCCACCAAUGACUUGCAACGCGGCUACGACUCCAUGAAGACAAAUAAGCUGGAAGAUGGCUUAGAGGUUUUCAAGGGCAUCCUGUAUGCUGUCUUGAUCAACGCUGUUGGCAGCGAGAGCGAGGUGACCGAGGCGAAGAAGUUAAUCACCUCAGCGAGUGAGUAUGCUGUCGCGAUGGCUAUUGAGCUGGGACGCAGGAAACUCGGCACGACGGAUGUGAUUAACAAGAACCCUCAACUUCUGAAACGGAGCUUGGAACUGUCGGCAUACUUCACGAUCCCGAAAAUUCAGGUGCCGCACCGUCAGAUUGCGUUGUUAAAUGCCAUGAACCUGGCGAUGCGGAGCAAGAACUACAACACGGCGCUCAGCUUUGCCAACAGGAUAUUGGCAAACGGAGGAGCUAGUAAGACCCUGGAAACGGCCAAGAAGACAAAGGCUCAGUGCGAACGCAAUCCCCAUGAUUCAGUAGAGAUCGAAUUUGAUCAGUUUGCGGAAUUUGAGAUCUGCGCUGCUAGUCACACGCCCAUAUAUAGCGGCACCGCAUUCGAAGAAUGCGCAUUUGACGGGUCCAAGUAUCACACCAAGUUCAAGGGCACAGUAUGUGCGGUCUGUGGUGUCUGCGAGGUAGGCAAACACGGGAGCGGACUGAAGUUAUUUGCUUAA